ACUUCCCGUGAUAACAGAAGAUCAGGUCAAGCCACUCGAACAUUGAAAGCCUGUGAGUCAUGUCGAAAACAGAAAGUUCGUUGUAUCAAGUAUGAUAACUCAAGAGUUUGUGUUAGAUGUUCGUAUCUUAAUAAACCAUGUUCAUUCGAGCCUGAUUCAGCUUUUGCAAAUGUUGGUAUUAGCAUGACCCCGACCACUUCUAUGGCAAGUGAUAGUGGAGGCGAGUUGCGAAGCGGGAAUAAUGAGUCGAUGAAUAAUACAAAACUUGAUAUGAUUUACAAUGGUGUUAACGAAAUUCUAAAAAGAUUGAACCAAGCUGGAUCAAAUUCUAGCUUAAAUAUAACAAAUCCAUCACAUUCUGAAAUAUCCAGUAAUGAUGCUAGGUUGCUAUUGGAAGCAGCAAGCUCAAUGAAGAAAUCUUCCGUUCCCAGUACUCCUCAUGCACCGGUUCCAGUAAGUGCAUCUGCUUCUCAUAUGGUAGAAAAUCGCCAAUAUCCCUAUAGGUUUCCCUCACCGCAGAUAUUUCAACCUACAUCCAAGAACGAUAUCAUUGAUAAUGGUCCAUUAGGAGACGAUUUCGAAGAUAUAACCGGCUCAUUCAAAUGUGCGUCGGCAUCUUUAAAAACGAGUCCUUUUUCAUUCAUUCAUAACCAGAACCAUUCUAAUACUCAUCUAACACCUUACCCAAUUUUGAGUUUAUUCAACUCGUUAAAUCCACUGCUUUCCACAAGGAAUUAUUUUAAUACAAAUGAUGACGUUAUUAGUAUGGGGAUAUUGAGUGUAAUGGAGGCAAUAGAUUUGAUCGAUGACUUUCGUCGUAAUUAUGGUAGAUGGGUUUCAUUUCCUCUGAGCAUUCCAACAGGAGUUUUGAUAGAAAGAAUACGAUUUAAAUCUUCAUUCCUUUUAACAACUUGUUUGGUACUAUCUUUAAGAUAUCUGCUCAAUGAAACACCUUCCAAUGGUAAUUCAACGGAAUUGAAAGAUAAAAGAAGAACGUAUAGUUUAUUAAUGAGACAGUUGGUUAUAGAUCUUGAUAAAAGUUUAUUAAAAUAUGCUUCAUUUCAAGGAGUUAAAAGAAAUGGUGGGGAUAUUGAAUUUUUACAAGCUCUAGUUAUAUUAUCUAUUUAUCUGCUAUCGUUACUGUCAGUCAUAUCGGGAAACAAAAAUGAUGAUGAUUUGAUUGGAGAAUUUGAUUUAUCUGAAGUUAAUUUAGACCCUUGGUAUCUUUCAGGAAUCGGAUUGACUACCUUCAUUACCAAAUUGACUUAUGGCUCUUUAUUUAGAAGAAAUGAGUCUGCUAGUGCUAAUUCAGCAAAAGAUGAUCAUGAUGAUAUAUUGUCCCCUUUCACCAUAUUAUACGAUGAACUUGAUAGUGAUGAAUAUCAGACGUUGACAAUUUUAAGAAUCUAUAAUCAUUUGAUUUUGGUUCAUUUGAUUAAUUGUAUUUUCAGUGGUAGAAUGUGUGUUGUUGAUGAAAUCAGACUUAAUUAUUGUACCGCCACUUUGAGUUUACCUAGUGCCACCAAUUUCGAUGGAAGAAUGGUUAGUGAAAUUGAAAUACUAUUGGUGGCCUAUAAUUAUAUUCAAGUUAAUAUGAACUCCGGAGGAGUGAGAACUACUGACGAAAUUGAAGCCAGUUUUGCUUCAGUGAAAGAAGAAAUUAAUAUCUGGUAUGAUCAAUGGGAGUAUUUAUUCAGUCAGCCUGCUUUGCAGUUUGUCGAAUUGUGUUAUCAUUUUUGUCUGGUAAUGGUUUAUUAUACCUACACUUAUCGAUCUUCAUCGAUAAAACUAAAACCCAAUACUCAAUUUUAUGAUCAAGAUAAUAUUGAAUACAUCCUCCAGGCAGGUAAAGAACAAUCCAUCUACAAGAUGAUCCAACAUGCCUACUUAUUAGUCAAGUCCAUUAAUGUAAUUGAAAAUGAUUCAUAUUUUGCAUAUUUAUCGGAUCAGAUCCAUUUUUGCUUCUACUUCAGUGCUAUGGUUCUCGUUAAGUUGUUGAAACAUAUGAAUGAAUCCUCAUUAAUGAAAAUAUUGGAUGUUGAACAUGAUGAUAAUUUUUACAUUAAUUCAGAGAAUUGGCAAAGUAUGCUAGAUGACGUCCGACUCUUGUUAGAAAAAUUUGGACGUAUUGGUGGUGCUAACGAAGAAGACAUUCUUAUCAAAUAUAAAGUGAGUUUA